UAUUAAGACUGGCCGCAUCCCCGCCGCCUCCCCGCAACCACCGGUCCCGCCGCUCCCGCCGCGACCUCACCAAAAUGCCGUCUCAAAUGGAACACGCCAUGGAAACCAUGAUGUUCACGUUUCACAAAUUCGCUGGGGAUAAAGGCUACUUGACGAAGGAGGACCUACGAGUACUCAUGGAAAAGGAGUUCCCUGGGUUUUUGGAAAAUCAAAAAGACCCUCUGGCUGUAGACAAAAUAACGAAGGACCUGGACCAGUGCCGAGACGGCAGAGUGGGCUUCCAGAGCUUCUUCUCGCUAAUUGCUGGGCUCACCAUCGCAUGCAAUGACUAUUUCGUAGUACACACGAAGCAGAAGGGGAGGAAGUGAGCAGUCGCUUUGUCCUGAUAAGAGUUCUCCCAAUGGGUCCCUUAAGGAAG